AAUAAUAUUUUGUUGCUCUCAAUUGUGUUGUUGUUGAGUUUUCCAAACUCGUUGGCUAUCAGUAAAAAUCAUGUGCAAUCAACAAAAACCCAAUAUAUGUUCCGUAUAAUAAACAUCUACGAAAAACUGAAAAAUAAUUGUGUGUCAGUCAGAAACUUGCUUGUGGAAAUUAAUCGAAAUCGCACACAGCAAGUAAAAUUAUAUAAAUCGAUGAUCCAUCCAAUAAAGCUCAAGAACGACGAAAUAAAUCAGGAAUUGGUAACUUGUCAAAAGAAUAUAAUUUAAUAAAAUACAUGGAGCAGCAAAUCCUAUGUUUUCCUACCUAAAUAAAACCAUCAGCGAAACGAAUACAAAACUGAACUUACAACAACAAACCAUAAAGGAGCUAACAGAACAAUUAAGUAAAACAACAGCCGAGUUGGAUGAAGCAAAUAAGGAAAUUAAAGUGUUAAACUCAUCGAAUGCUGACAAGAAUAAUACCAUAGCGAACCAGUUAGAAAACCUUGCAAUCCUUGAAAAGCAAAUCGAGGGCGAUAAAACCGAAAUUGAGAAAUUGUCAUCAAAUGUGAAGGAAAUGGCUGAGCAAAUUGAGAAAUUUAAAUCUGAGCAGAGCUUAAAUGCGGACAGAAUUAAGCAUCUGACUUCUGUGCUUGAAGCCUUUUCGACUUGCUGCCAGGCUUCCAGCUGUUUGCCAUUUGGCAACUCAAACAAUGUGCAUAUGAUUAAGGUGUCCGGCUAUCAAGAACCCUUUCAAGUACUAUGCAAUGGCAAAUCGGUAGCUGGUCACGGCUGGACUGUCAUACAGCGAAGAAUCAACGGCACUGUUGACUUCUAUCGCAACUGGUCGGAGUAUAAACAAGGAUUUGGGGAUUUGAACGGCGAGUUUUUCAUCGGUUUGGAGAAGCUGCAUCAUAUGACAACAGCCGAGCGGCAGGAACUCUAUAUCUAUCUGGAGGACUUUGACGGGGUCUCGCAUUAUGCCAAAUAUGACAACUUUAUCGUCGGCACUGAGCAGGAAUCGUAUGCCCUAAAAUCGCUGGGUAAUUACGACGGUGAUGUCGAAAAUGCAAUGCGUUUCAAUAAGGGUCAAAAGUUCAGCACAAGCGAUCGUGACAACGAUAACGAUCCAGAGGUUCACUGUGCUGAGGUGUUUCAAGGUGCCUGGUGGUACAACAGUUGCGGCCUUAGCAACUUGAACGGCAUUUACCAAAAAGCUAACGAACAGCUACGAUGAUGCAGGCAAAGGCAUAUUUUGGGAUACUGAAGACUGGCAUGAAAUGGAUUAUUCUCUGAAAUCGGUUCAAAUCAUGAUCCGUCCCAAAAAGCCAGAAAACUGAACCAAAGUGAACCAGAAAAAAUACAGAUUGAAGAGAUGCGUGUUACAAUUUUCAAUUUCUUAUUAAAAAAUAAAUAUAUAUAUAUAUAUAU